AUGACCGAAGACAUGAUGUCAUUCUACUCAGGAGACAAACCAGGGGGCACCCCUGGUUUGCUCCCACAGCCAUACUACUGGUGGGAAGCAGGAGCCCUCAUGGGCGCUCUUAUUGACUACUGGUACUACACCGGCGACACCCGCUGGAACGCCCUCACCACCGAAGGCCUCCUCUUCCAAACCGGCCCCAAUAACGACUACAUGCCCCCCAACCAAACCGUCACCGAAGGAAACGACGACCAAGGCUUCUGGGGCAUGGCCGUCAUGACGGCCGCCGAGUACAACUUUGACAACCCACCCCCGGGCAAACCACAAUGGCUCUCCCUCGCCCAAGCUGUCUUCAACACCCAGGCCGCUCGCUGGGACGCUGAGGACUGCGGCGGCGGCCUCCGGUGGCAGAUCUUCACCUGGAACAACGGCUACGACUACAAGAACUCCAUAUCCCAAGCUUGCUUUUUCAACCUGGCUGCCCGGCUGGCCCUGUACACAGGGAACCAGUCCUACGCCGACUGGGCAGACAAAGCCUGGGACUGGAUGGUGGCUACCAACCUCAUCAAUCCAGAGUACUACUACAUCUACGACGGCACCCACAUCAACAACUGCUCCGAAAUAACCCCCUACCAGUGGACUUACAAUGCUGGCGCGUUUUUGCUGGGUGCGGCGGCAUUGUACAAUUACACCACCGGCCCUGUCCAGUCCGUCUGGAGAGACCGUGUCGACGGCCUGUUGAACGGCACCUCUGUCUUCUUCACCGGCCCCAACAAGGACAUCAUGACCGAAGUCGCCUGCGAGCCCGUCGACCUCUGUGACCUCGACCAGCAGUCUUUCAAAGCUUACCUCUCCCGCUGGAUGGCCGCCACGACUAAAUGGGCGCCUUGGACAUACGACAGGAUCAAGCCGCUGCUGCAGUCUUCUGCCCAAGCUGCCGCGGGAACGUGUAAGGGAGGGGCGAAUGGACGAAUGUGCGGGCUGAAGUGGAAUCAGGGGCCCAAGUGGGAUGGGAGCACGGGGGUGGGGCAGCAGAUGGCGGCCAUGGAGGUGGUGUUGGGGAAUAUGAUUGGGCAGAGGCAUGGUCCGGUGACUGAUCGAAAGGGGGGGACGAGUAAAGGGGAUCCGGGGGCGGGGGGACAGGAUAUGGGACGGAAUGAUCCGUUGCAGCGGGCGGGUGCGUGGCCGCCGGUUAGUCAGGGGGGUAGGGCGGGGGCGUGGAUACUGAUGUUGCUGACUGUUUUGGGGGUUGUUGGCGGCUGUGUUUUUGUUUUGGUAGAUGAAGGGGAUGGGAUGGAGGAGCAGAUUGAGGGGGUCGGGGACGUGGUUACUGUUGCUGGCGGGAUGGGGAGGAGGAGCGAUGGGAAUAAGUUGAGGAAGGAGAGUCCGAAUAUUUUGGGGGCGAUGGUGGCGGCGGGGUCGUUGGAGAAGGAGAGGGGCGGGGCGGUGAAUAGAAGCGAUAGUGAUAGAACGCUGAGGGGGGAUGAGGAUGGGAUGGGGGUGGGUGAGGUGAAGAGGGGGGCGGAACACGUGGACAAGCCGGUGGGGGAGCCGCCUAUUAUCAAGGUGCCUCAUCCGAGGAAUAGGAAGCCGUUGAGGACGACGUUGUUGGCGAAGCAGCAUCAGAGGCAGUGGUCGAAGUCGAGGCGGAAUUAUUGGGGAGAUAAUGAUGGAAGUGGGGAAACGGUGGUGGGGGAUCUCGUCAAAGACAAAAAUGUUGAUAACAAUAACCGUGUUGAAGCCGUCAGUGCGCCACCGCCAAAGAAGAGAAGGCAAUCAGAUCCCGGGUCAGACAGCAAUAAGGAUAAGGUCACGCUUCCGAGAAAAGGGCCGUCGAGGAAGGGGGUUAGGUGGAACGAUACGGUGGAGGGUAGCUUGCGUUUGGAUGCUCAGCAGACGUAUUCGGCGUAUUGGGAGAGUGAGUGUUAUUGA